AUGGAGAAUGCCCGCGUGUCCUUUCCCUUCUGGUACAGUAGCUUUAGAACCUUAAAAUCGUCAAAGGCGAGCGCGAAUUGGUCCUUGGAGCUGGUCAUGAAGGGGACACGGACAGAACUUUCGUUCAAGAGGAAGAAUUUGCGGACGUGGGUUAGAGACGGGUCGAAUUUUGAAGCCCAGAGUGCAUUUGCAAGGAUGAGCAUAGUCAUACUAGUGACUGAGCCGGGUGAGAGCAGAUUUUUUAUCACACCAUUUGUUUUCUCCUCGACCCAAGCAUUCACUGCUUCUCUUACCACAUGA